CAGUACCAGUCAAAGUACAAAACCGCCAUUAUCAGCUGUAUCAUCUCUGUUUCCUCUGUUCCAUUUGCUCAAACUUUAUGGAUAUGGAUUUAAUUGCUGGGUUUCCCUCGAGGAUGACAUGGAGUUUCAGGCCUAAUCCUAUAUUGAAUUCAAUGGCAGAGCAAAGGGCCUUCAAUUUUGGCACUCCUAUGUACUACAGAUGUGAUAUCUCUUGCAGAAUUUCAUUCAGAACCAAUCGAUUUUCUUGCAAUCUUUUUUCCGACCCGUUUGGUUGUAUCCCAAAAGGGUCCUUCAUUUCCAGUGCCAAGAAGAAAAACUCCCAAUCUGAACCGAUUCUUGACCCUUCCCAGGUUGAAGAAGUGUACAUGGAAGAUGACGGUCUAGAAGAGGAGGAUGACGAUGAAGGCCUUUUUGAUGACUUUGAAGAUGAGGAAAUUGAUGGGGAUGAUUAUCUAGAGGAUGAAUAUAUUGAAGAAGAAUCCCGUGUUGGGGAUGGAUCCGGAGGAGGUGGAGUAUCUCUGGCGGGAACUUCAUGGGAUAGGAAAGCCUUGUCUAUUGCUGAGGAAGUUGUUGCAUCAUUUGAUGGGGAGAUUGGAGUAUAUGCUUUCAAGACAUUAGUGAAUGGCAGCAUCCAAGUACGGAUAGAGAGGCUCACAAACAAAUCUGGUUCUCCUACUAUGAAGGAUAUUGAAGAUUUUUCAUCAGCCUAUAAGGCAAGGCUUGAUGAAGCAGCAGUUCAGAAAUCUGUUCCUGAUGACAUCUUUCUUGAGGUUUCCGCCCUGUCUUUUGUUUUUCAGCCGUCUUUCAGUUCUCAAGAAUCUUUCUUAGAGCAUGUUUUUAUGAGAUUUCUACUCUGUUUGAACCUCUAAGCCUAAAAUGUUGCAUCUAUCUUAGGUGUCUUCGCCUGGUGUCGAAAGGGUUGUUCAGGUUCCAGAAGACCUAGAACGUUUCAAGGAUCGAGCUUUGUAUGUGAAGUACUCCAGUGGAGUAACUGAGAGCGGCGCAACAUCAGAAAAUGAAGGUAUCUUCAAACUUAUUUCAGUUGAUCAUGAAGCCAACUCUUGCACCUGGGGAUUGGCAGAUGUGAGGAUAAACAGAGAAAAGGCCGGGAAAGGAAGACCUCUUAGCAAGAAACAAAGAGAAUGGCGUUUGGAGACUUCAUUUAGUUCCCUACUUUUAGUUCGAUUUUAUUCUGAAAUAUGAAUUGCAAUGUUCCUCCCUCCCAAGUCUGGUCCUUUUUCAGACUUUCUACAAUAAACCUUUUUUUUUUAAUACUAACUUAUUAAUUAAAUUUUCCUUAUCUUUUUAUACAUCUUUCUUCUUUUUUCUCUGAUUGCUAAUGUAAAAUCUAAAUUUGCCAAAUGACGGCCCUAAAAUUCAUGUAAAUAUUCAAAAUUGAUGAUUAUCAACCCCGUUCACGAAUAAGCAUAUAUGUAUGAGCUUUUGGAUUUUG